AUGCCAUUCCCGAAAUUCAAUGUCCUGUCAUGGUCGUAUGCUAUCGCGGUGCUCAGUUUUGUGCUCACUCUGGUCACGUUUUUGGUCGGUUUCGUUCGCUACAUGUAUUUAGAUGCGGUUCUGGAUGAAUAUCAAAUCGCUCUGCUGCGUCAACAAGCCGAUAUGGGUGUGAGUAGUCCGCCAGUGAAAGGUCGAGAAGCUCCUAAGGUAGCAUACGAACCUCGAGGAACCACAGCCCCGGGUUCGGAUGUAGGACGUUAUCUUAGUCACAAUCCAUACGCAGUGGGGAGUAUUGGAGUAGACGGGGACGAGGACGCAGCUGUGGACGAGGAAACGGCAAAUGCAGAUUUUGACGAGAUUGAGAGUGAACGAACAAACUCCAACUUCAAUGGCUUGGAUCCGCGAUUCUCAAGUGGAAGACCUUACCCAGAAGAAUAUAGACCAAUGAUACAUCAUUCGCGAGGCUAG